AUGUCGUCCUUUUUAUCAGAUACACCCCUUGCUUACGCCCUUCGGUGGCUUGGAGCAAGAACGCUGUUUAGCUUUCCCGAGGAGCGCGAUAACUUUGAUUUGGCAACCGCUGGUGAAGGAUGGAAGAGAGUGUCUAUUGUGCAAGUCCAGAAAGUGCUCAAUGGAUUCGACGAAAUACAUGAUUCGCCCCCAGUCGUAAGCCCAGAAACCCCCGGCCUCGAAGGCUCAGUCAAACCCACGGAACAAGAUGAGCUUCCCCAAUUACCCAUAGAGACACAAUCUACGCAGCACGGCCUAUCAGGCCAACCGGACCUGGAGAGCGCGAGAGCUCAUCUAUGUAUGAACGAGCCAGAAGGCAAAUAUGUCAUGGUUGAUUGGUACGGUGCCACUGAUCCGGCAAACCCUCUGAAUUGGCCCAAGCGCAAAAAGUUUGUUGUUUAUUUUAUUAUCCUCUAUAUCUCGGUUGCUGUUUAUAUGUCCGGCUCGAUCUAUUCAGCGGCACAAAGUGAGGUUGAAGAGGUCUUUGGCGUAUCUGCGACGGUCUCAAGUCUUGGACUCGGGCUUUACGUGUUGGGUUACGGUGUUGGGCCGAUGUUCUGGUCACCUCUGUCUGAGAUCCCAGCUGUUGGACGUAAUAUUCCUUAUCUUGCAUCGUUGACCCUCUUUGUCCUGGUUUCAAUUCCAACAGCACUGGCAGCCAAUAUUGCAUCCUUAUUAGUGCUUCGGUUUCUUCAGGGAUUCUUUGGAUCACCAGUCCUUACCACAGGCGGCGCGUCGCUGGGUGAUGUUAGCAGCGCGUAUGGCAAGCCUUAUGCCUUCUACAGCUUGGCAUUGUUUUCUUUAGGGGGGCCUGCCUUGGGGAACACCAUAGCUGGUUACAGCAUUCCUGUUUUGGGAUGGAGAUGGAGCUUGUGGGAGGUCCUUCUAGCCAAUGGCCCCGGACUGGUCCUGCUCGUUUUUUUACCGGAGACGUCCGCAACCAAUAUUCUGUAUCGUCGCACCCUAAGAAUCCGAACAUUGUCACAGAAGGAGAUCUAUAAAUUCGAGCCCGAAAUGGAAGCGAAUAACACCACUGUGCUGAAUAGACUGCACCACGCCCUGAUCGUCCCCUGGAAGCUGAACAUACUCGAUCCAUCCAUUGCAUUUACAAGUAUAUACUGUGGUCUCGUAUAUGCUAUUUUCUACUCUUUCUUUGAGUUCUUCCCUCUAGUGUACGGUAACAUAUACAAUAUGACAUUAGGGGAGGUGGGAUUGAUUUUUCUAUCCGUCAUCAUCGCAGUCGGAUUGGCCGGUAUGCCAUACUGCGCCUUUGUCCAUUUCAUCGUCAAUAAAUCAAUCAAAAACGACAAUCCGAUGACACCUGAAGGACGGCUACUUCCAUCGCUAUUUGCGUCGGUGCUAAUCCCUGCCGGAACCCUAAUAUUUGCGUGGACAUCAAGACCCGACAUCCAUUGGAUCGUACCAACUAUAGGCACGAUGCUCGUUUCAGGCAGUGUUGUUAUGAUUAUUCAGUCAGUGUUUGUCUAUAUAACUCUGGCCUAUCCCAGGUACACUGCUUCCUUGUUCAGUGGGAACGGACUGAUCAGAUCUUCAGUCGCAUUUGCGGGUGUUCUUUGGUCUCAUCCGUUGUAUGAUGCGCUUGGCGUGAACUGGGGAAUGACUUUGAUGAGCGGUUGCUGUGCGAUAUGUAUUAUUGGCAUUUAUGUGCUGUAUUUCUUUGGACAUAAGUUGAGGGCAAGGAGCAAAUUCACUGAGUAG